CGGGGGGGGUGUGGGUAGAGGUUUUUCUGGGGAUCUCACCUGGCCCUUUUUUCCCCCUUUUUUAAUCAAUUAAAGAAAAUAAUGCUUUCUGUUUGCCACCAGGCCCCGCCUGCCAUUGGCCAGGGCUGGCCACGUGACCAGGAAUUGGCUGCAAUUUCGCCCCAGUCUCGAGUUUAAUAGAGCAAGGUCCCCAUACGCCUGUAUUAUCAGCAAUAUAACAAUUAUAAAAAGCCCGAGAACCAUCAUCAUCACUGCCAUCAAAACUAAGGCCCUCCGAUUUCUUUCCUUCUUCCCCUCCUCCUCCCUCUCCCCCCUCCCGGUUUUUAAACCCUGGGCCCUGGAAAAGCCAUGAAUUUUGAAUUUGAGAGGGAGAUCGGGUUUAUAAAUAGCCAGCCUUCUCUCGCAGAGUGCCUGACGUCUCUUCCCGCUGUCCUGGAGACAUUUCAAACUUCAUCAAUCAAGGACUCGACAUUAAUUCCUCCUCCUUUUGAGCAAACCGUCCUCAGCCUGAAUCCUUGUUCCAGCAGCCAAGCAAGACCGAGGAGCCAAAAAAGAACAUCUCAUGGCCUGCUCCAGCUCCAGCCUCAGCCUCCGGCACCGCCCGGCCCCUUGGCAGCGGAAUUCCCCUGGAUGAAGGAGAAGAAAUCCUCCAAGAAAGCUACCCAGGCUCCAUCCUCUUCUUCCUCUUCUUCCCCCCCAUCAUCUGCCUCGGUGCCGGUCCCUGCCGCAGGAUCUCCUGCAGACACCCAGGGGCCGGCAGAGCCCGGCGGCGCCCGGAGGCUCCGGACCGCGUACACCAACACGCAGCUGCUGGAGCUGGAGAAGGAGUUUCACUUCAACAAAUACCUCUGCAGGCCCCGGCGGGUGGAGAUCGCGGCUCUGCUCGACCUCACAGAGCGGCAAGUUAAGGUCUGGUUCCAGAACCGCCGCAUGAAGCACAAGAGGCAGACCCAGUACAAGGAAAGCCCCGACGGGGAGCUUGCAUACCCCGCAGCGGACGAGGGCAGCGACCCCGCGGAGGAACCGGGGGGGAGCCCCGCGACCCCGGUGCCCCGCGGCAACAGCAGGCCGGGGCUGGCAGAGCCCGGGAGCCCGCGGCUGUUGGCUGGGGGGCCCGGUGGAGCCGGCCCCACGGCCCGCGGUCCCCCCGGGAGCCAGGACUCGCCUUUGCUGCCAGAGCUGAGUAUCCUCUCAGCAGAGUCCUGCCUCCAGCUCGCCGAAGGGCUUUCCCCCGGCCUCCACGGAGCCCUGGAGAGCCCCGUCCCCUUCUCCGAUGAAGACCUGGACUUUUUUACCAGUGCACUUUGUACGAUCGAUUUGCAACAUUUCAAUUUCCAGUAGCGAUUCCCCGCUCCCGCCCGGGCUGCCGUUUCUGCCCCUUCCAGGCGGCUGGAAACUCUUCAGCCCCAGGCAGCUCCCCCAGUCUCCUGCAAAGGGAGCACCCCCAACCCCCUCCCCAAUCCAUCUCUCAUUCAAUCAUCCCAUCCUGCCCCCCAAAGCCUUUCCUUUCAAGCUCCUCACACGGUGGGACCCGAAUCACCCUCCCCAUAUUUAUUCUAGAAGGCUCACACGAAAGAACAGCCCGAGUUUUGCUGAACGCAGGUAUUUAAUUCUAGUUUUAUUUGUUUCGUUCCUUAUUUAUUUGGAAGAAGGCGCCCGUUAGUCCUCCCGCACAUCCGAGAUGUCAGCCCUCGAGAGGAAAUCUUUGUCAAUCCUUCCAGCGACUUUCUCAGGAAUCAGAACGAGACUUUUAGAUUUCUUAAUAAAAGUCAAAAAUAAGCAUAAAAAAAUA